AUUUAAACAGAAUGCAACGAGUACCACAAUAUGUUCAAAGACCUGUAGUAUAAGACUCUUUUCGUUAAUCUUUCAAAUAGACACCUGAUAAAGAGAACUCAUAUGCAUAAUUGCAAAAACGAAAACCAAUACAAGCUUAUCCUCAAUAUCAAUCUACUUAGACCCUCCAAAAACCAGAAAUGCGUCCUAGUUCUUCUUAACCUAGACAACCAUCUGUUUAGGCUAUCCAAAGACCAUCUUCAGCAUCUAAUGAUAAGAGAGCUUUUUCUAAUCAAAAAUAACCAUCCAGAUGCUCAUUCAAAGAAUUAAAGAACUCUACAUACAUUCAACCAUAAUAAGCUACGCCUUAAUCAAGAUAUUAUUCAUUAAAAUAAGUUCCAGAUAAUAGUCUUGUCAAAUCUUAAUCUAAUUAACAGUUGGCAAACAAAUAAAUUGAUUAAUCAGAAUAUAAAAAAUUACACGAAAAAUUAUUAUUUUUAGAAAAUAAGAUCAACAAAAUUAAAUCCAAUAUUGAAAUCAGUAAUUCAUAAUUACAAAAAUAAUCAGAAAGAACUAAACAAAAACCUGUUGGUUUGGCAGCUAAAUUUUUCUAAAAAAAAGAUUAAGAAAAUUGUUAACCCAAAGAAGCAACUACCCCAAAGGAAUUAACAAAAUGUGCCACUGCUCUAAAUCUAUAACUUAAUAAGGCUUUAAAAUAGAGUUAAAUUGGAAAAGAAAAAUAAUCAAGCAUAAAUCUAGAUUAAUUUGUUACAUAAGUUAAGCAAAUAAAAAAGCCUAUCCAACCACAACAAUCCUAAUUAAGUAGACAUUAAUCUUUAGAAAUCAAUUAAACCACUGUUCCAGUUACUAAAACUAUUGUUAAUGAAAAAUCAUAUUCAUCACAAAAACCAAAAAAGGAUGACAAUGUAAUUUAAACCAUUUUACUUUAGUUUAUAUAUUAUAUUUCAAGUGUCGUUAGAGCAUUAGUCUAAGAAUAAGUUAGCAAAAAUGAUGAAGUUGUCAGGGAUCACAUUGUGCAAACUAUUUAAGUAAACAUUUAUAUUAUUAUAAACUAGGGUUUAGAAUAUGCUAGAAAUUUACAAUUGCAAUUCUAAGAAGAUAAAGUUGUGAAUCUACCAAAAUCUAAUCAUCUCAAAACUUUAGUUUUUGAUUUAGAUGAAACUUUGAUUCAUUGUAAUGAAAGCAUUGCUGUUCCAGGUGAUAUUGUAUUACCCAUUACUUUUCCUACUGGAGAAACAAUUUAAGCAUCAAUCAAUAUAAGACCUUUUGCUUAAUAAAUUCUUUAAACUUUAUCUCGACAUUUUGAAAUCAUUGUCUUUACAGCUUCCCAUUCAUGCUAUGCUAAUAUAGUAUUAGAUUACUUAGAUCCAAAAAAACAAUGGAUCAGCCAUAGGUUAUUUAGAGAUCAUUGUUUAUAAACUGAAGAAGGAGCAUACAUCAAGGAUUUAAGGUAUUUAAAUUAUUCAUUUCUAGAGUCUUAGGCAAUAGAAAAUUAUCUAAUAUUCUCUUGAUUGAUAAUGCCAGUUACUCAUUUGGGUAAUAAAUUGAUAAUGGAGUACCUAUUAUUGCAUAUUAUGAUAAUAAAUAAGAUUAAGUAAUCUUUUAUUUUAAAUUUAGGAAUUAUUAUACUUAUAAAAUUAUUUAAUGAAAUUUAGAAUGGUCACUGAUGUUAGAGAACUCAACUCAUAAUCAUUAAAAAUUAACUCUUAUACAAAUUAUUAAGAUCCUAUGAAUUUAGUUUAAGAGCUAUUCCCUGAUUCAUUACCAAAAUGA